CUGAAUUUUGGCCCAAACAAUUGCUUUUUUUUCCUACAGGAAACCCGGAGGAGAUUAAGCCUAUCGCAGAGUACAAGGAAAACCCAAAUAAUACUGCCAUGAAGCGAGAAAGAUCGAACGUAAAGAAGGAUGCUAAGAUAAAGGAAGGAGUCGAGAACACGACAGAAAUGAUAACCUCAAUGUUUGCGCCCUGUGUUACAAAGUCACAAUUUGAGGACGAUUACGAAAACUUUCUUUAUCCAAAGAUAAAAAAGAUAACUAAAGAAAGCAAGGAGCAAUUCUGUUUACCUCCGGGAGGACACGAAGAAGCUAUGCAAAGGUCAUUUGAGGACGAAAGCGUAAUUUAUUCAAGCGAAAUGGCAGAAAAUUUGAAGCAGACGGUUAAAGCGUAUUACGUGAUGGCGGGGGGAUUUGCAAGCGAAUCGAGGAGAUUGUCGGAAAAGGAGCAGGCGAGAAAAGAGGACGGGAAAGAGUUUGGUGCCUUACAAGUGGAAAUGGAAACGGGAAAUAGUCAAGAUGAUAUUGUCGUCAGCGGAGCGAUCGAGACUGCGCCGGAAUUACAAGAAUUACAUUUCAUAAAGUAUGAGCAGAAGGUGCUUGUCCCAACUUGUUCGCCUGGAGAACUCAAAGCUGGGAAUACCAUCUCGUGUACGGAGAAGAAAGCGGACUCUUGCUGUAGAUGGAAAUAUAAAGAUCAUGCUAUUGUUGCAUGCGGCAUGGUGGCUUUUGUGUUUAUUUCUGUUAGUGUAUACAGAUUUUUCAGGUAAACAGCCAGAGGGCAAAGUAUUUUACAAUUAAUUUUACCCAAACUUUCGCCCGUUGUUUAGUUUCUUUUUAUAGUCUAUUUUUAAGAUCGUGUGAGGGACGAGGUCUCAGGCGCGAGAUCUGGAACCUAAGAAAUUGCGAGGCCUGGGACUACCAAGAUAAUUCGGAAUUUCUCGCAAGUUCCGAUUGCGCCCUGAGAAUAAUCAAUCUCACUCCGUAGCCAUUCGUCUUCCUAAUCCAGCGUGACCCCGAGGUGGUGCGAGAAAGGGUACACGAUCUUACAUGACAGGCCUGUAGUCAGUUCGCCGCCAAAGGGAUUUAGGGACAAGAACGCGAGAGUAAUAGGCACGGUUUCUGCUUUGAGUUCCGAAGGUUCCAACUUCACUUUUUCCCAACGGUUUCUGCAAAAGUCUGUUCAUUCCAGGGAGUGUUAUACGAGCAAUUUUUCGUGCAACUUUUGAUGCAACAAAAUUGAGGCACAAUUUGCGAUAAAAAUGGCCUAGUGUCACAGGGCCUCAGCUUCACUAGUUUUAGUUUUUCUUUUCUUUUUCAGGCGUUAAACUUCACUCAAGGAUAUUCAUGGUGUCUGCUAUUUUGAUCCACUUCAACUCGAAUGCUAAAGACGAAAACAGUUGUUUUAACUUGUUACCAACUUCUUGAAUUGUUUUCUUGAACUUUUCUAACAGUCUCAAGCCAAAUUUAAAUUAUAAAGUUUAAAUUGUACACUGAUAAACCAAAUAAAAAGUUUGUGUUUUCUACUCGAAAUUUGAGAAAAUGAGAAACGAGUGGAUUUUUCCUCUGUAAGAAUUAUUCAGGCUUAGAAUACAGCAUGAAACUGAGCGAACAAAAAAUAAACUGUCCAUUGCCACAAAAUCGCAUUUCACUUUAUUGCCGCAAACUGGGUAACUAAGGCCCCAUUUAUAUGGCAUCGAGUACUGGCCCUCUCCCCAAGGCAGCGCUGUAUUUAACUCGCGAAAAAGUUUCCUCUGUUGGUAGAGUCAAUGCACAGUUACACCCGUUUCUUUGAAUUUCUUUCAGUCAUUUGAUCACUGUGGCCUUUGUCGAGUUAAUUUUUACUUACCGGUAUUUAGUAUAUAUUUCUACUUUAAACUACAAAAUAACGGCACUAGUGAUUCUCGGUACAACGUGAUUUGCCCCGACUAGGCGAGCCGAAGUGUCAAUUUGAGAAAUAGUUGUCGCCACGGCGAAAAUAAAAUUUAGCUUAGAAAAUUUAGAAAAUUUAGCUUGGAAAGGGCGUACCCGAGAUCAUAUAACCAGGCUUUAACAGAUCAAGUAAAAAUAUCCUUAGGGAUUUCCGUGAAGACAACUGGGACAAGGCAAAGUUCAGGGGGAGAUUUUUGUCAUAUCUAUUGCCGUUAAAUUUCGCCUCGAGCUUAUUAUCCUAACCGGUCUCUGAAGAA